UUUGGUCUUAAAAAGGGGUAUCACAUGGAUUGUGUUUAGAGAGAAGAGAGAAAAGAGGAGAGAGCAAUCAGGGUAAGCAAGAAGGAGAGGUCAGGAUUGCUCACAAAUCCAAAAGAGGAAUCUUCAUUCAUAGCAAAAAGAAGUAAAAAAAAAAGAAAAAAAAGAAAACAAAGAGAGAAAUGGCUCCAAAGUCAAGUAGAGCAAAGGGCAACAAAGCCAAGGCAGAGAAAAAAAAGAAAGAAGAGAAAGUUGUACCUAGUGUUCUUGACAUUACAGUCAUCACACCAUAUGACACACAAGUGGUUCUCAAGGGUAUCUCAACUGAUAAAAUACUUGAUGUAAGGAGGCUGCUAGCAGUCAAUGUAGACACAUGCCACCUCACCAACUAUUCUCUAUGCCAUGAGGUUAAAGGACAUAGAUUGAAUGAUAGGUUGGAGGUUGUUUCUCUAAAGCCCUGUUUGCUGAGGAUGGUUGAAGAGGACUACACUGAAGUCUCCCAUGCGUUAGCACACGUGCGGAGGCUACUGGACAUCGUCGCGUGCACGACCCGCUUCGCAAAACCCAAGGGCGGAAGACCCGCCGGCGUCGCCGCCGCAACAGGCGGCCGAGCGAAGAAGAUCAGCAGGAGCCACUCCCCCACAACCACUGUAGGCCCACCGUCUCCUCCUUCCGAUGGUGAAAUCCGAUCUUCGGAGCCGCCGACUUCCAAGAGCUACGAAAUGGCGGCGAUUCAUCCCAUUCCAAAGCUCUCCGAUUUCUACGAGUUCUUCUCUUUCUCUCACCUCUCUCCUCCAAUCCUACAUUUGAAGAGAUUGGAGCCAAAGGAAGGGGAUGAGGGGCAAAAUGGUGAUUACUUCGAAAUGCAGAUAAAGAUCUGCAAUGGGAAGCUAAUACAAGUAGUUGCAUCAGUAAAAGGCUUCUACACUGCAGGAAAACAAUCUCUACAAAGCCACUCUCUUGUUGAUCUUCUGCAGCAGCUUAGCCGAGCUUUCACCAAAGCAUAUGAAUUGUUGAUGAAAGCUUUUGUAGAACACAACAAGUUUGGUAACCUUCCGUAUGGUUUUCGUGCCAACACUUGGCUUGUCCCUCCAUCAAUAGCUGAUUCUCCAUCAAAUUUCCUGCCCCUUCCAGUGGAAGAUGAGAAUUGGGGUGGCAAUGGUGGGGGUCAAGGAAGAAAUGGUGAGCAUGAUCGUAAACCGUGGGCCACAGAGUUUGCAAUAUUGGCAAACCUUCCUUGCAAAACUGAGGAGGAGAGGGUGGUUAGAGACCGAAAAGCAUUUUUGCUUCAUAGCCUGUUUGUUGAUGUCUCGAUCUUUAAAGCUGUUUCGGCCAUACGCCAAGUGAUAGAUUCCCCUAUAAAGACACGCCAAAAUUCAAUGAAUGGACUUUCAGGCUCAAUCUCGCAUGAGGUUCGUGUGGGGGAUUUGUCUAUUACAGUACAACAAGAUGCAGCUGAUGCAAGCUUGAAGUCUGAAGUGAAACCUAUUGGCAGCGAAUCGUCGAGUAUGUCUGCUCAGGAAGUUGCUCAAAGGAAUUUACUUAAAGGAGUAACUGCAGAUGAGAGUGUAGUUAUUCGUGAUACAUCGUCAUUGGGUGUUGUUGUUGUACGACAUUGUGGAUACACUGCAAUUGUAAAGAUUGUUGGUGAUGUGAAGAGGAGAAAGUGCAUGGCUCAAGAUAUUCAUAUUGAUGAUCAACCAGAUGGAGGAGCCAAUGCUCUCAACAUUAAUAGCUUAAGGGUUCUGCUUCAUGAGUCAUGUAGUGCCGAAUUGUCUGGAGGAGGGCAGUCACCUCAGUCUAAACUGGAUGAUCUUGAAACUUCUAGAUGUCUGGCUCGUAGAGUGAUUGAGGAGAGCUUGAGGACGUUAGAGGAGAAGCCAGCGUCCUCUGAAAGGACUAUUAGAUGGGAACUCGGUUCUUGCUGGGUACAGCAUCUACAAAAGCGGGAAACACCUAAUGAUAAUAGUUCUAAAAGCUCUCAAGACAAUAGUAAGGCUGAUUUGGAGGUUAAAGGACUUGGGAAACAAUUUAAAAUGCUGAGGAAAAGGGAAAAGAAUGCAAAUAGUGUGAGAAACAAAGAUGAUAAUGAAGAAAAUGAUUCCAGAGUCAGUGGCCUGAAUGUCGGAAGCAGCAUGGCAGAGCUAAACAAUGGCGAGUCCAACAGUGAGGUUGAAUUGAAGAAAUUUAUUUCUGAAGAAUCUUUCUUGCGUCUGAAAGGCACUGGAACGGGGCUUCAUCUAAAGUCAGUAGAUGAGCUCAUGAAGAUGGCGAAGAAGUAUUAUGAUGAAAUUGCUUUGCCUAAGUUGGUAACAGAUUUUGGAUCGCUUGAACUUUCUCCAGUUGAUGGACGGACUUUAACUGACUUCAUGCAUCUAAGAGGAUUACAAAUGCGCUCCUUGGGUUGUGUGGUUGAACUUGCAGAGAAGCUUCCUCAUAUACAGUCACUUUGUAUUCACGAGAUGGUCACUCGAGCUUUCAAGCAUGUCCUUAAAGCCGUUAUUGCUUCUGUUAAUAAUGUGGCAGACUUAUCCACAGCAGUAGCUUCAUGCUUGAAUUUCUUGCUUGGGGGCUACACAAUAGAAGAUAGUGAACAUAACUUGAGUGGUGAUCACAUGCUCAAAUUGCAGUGGUUACGAACUUUUCUAGCCAAAAGAUAUGGCUGGACUCUAAAAGAUGAGUUUCAACAAUUGAGGAAAUUAACAAUUCUCCGAGGACUUUGCCACAAGGUUGGAUUGGAGUUGUUUCCGAAAGACUAUGAUAUGGAAAGCCCAAACCCUUUCAAGAAAUCUGAUAUUAUCGGCAUUGUUCCUGUGUGUAAACAUGUAGGAUGCUCUUCUGCAGAUGGGCGGACCCUAUUGGAGUCAUCAAAGAUUGCACUUGAUAAAGGAAAGCUAGAAGAUGCUGUCAACUAUGGAACGAAGGCAUUGGCAAAGAUGAUAGCUGUCUGUGGUCCCUAUCAUCGUACGACUGCGAGUGCGUACAGUCUGUUAGCUGUUGUGCUUUACCACACAGGAGACUUUAAUCAGGCAACAAUAUACCAACAUAAGGCUUUGGAUAUCAAUGAGAGGGAACUUGGGCUUGACCAUCCAGAUACAAUGAAAAGCUACGGAGAUCUUUCUGUAUUUUACUAUCGUCUCCAACACAUUGAAUUAGCUUUGAAAUAUGUCAACCGUGCUUUGUUCCUUCUUCAUUUCACAUGUGGACUUUCGCAUCCAAACACAGCUGCAACUUACAUAAAUGUUGCUAUGAUGGAAGAGGGUAUGGGAAAUGUUCAUGUUGCUCUCAGAUACCUGCAUGAAGCCCUUAAAUGUAAUCAAAGAUUAUUAGGAGCAGAUCACAUACAGACUGCUGCUAGCUAUCAUGCCAUUGCAAUCGCUCUUUCAUUGAUGGAAGCAUAUUCCCUCAGUGUGCAACAUGAACAAACAACACUGCAGAUUCUUCAAGCCAAAUUGGGACCUGAAGAUCUUCGUACUCAGGAUGCUGCUGCAUGGCUUGAAUAUUUUGAAUCAAAAGCCUUAGAGCAACAAGAAGCGGCACGAAAUGGAACUCCAAAGCCAGAUGCAUCCAUUGCAAGCAAAGGCCACCUUAGUGUGUCGGAUCUCCUUGAUUACAUCAGUCCUGAUCAGGAUUUGAAGGGUGAGAGGAGAAGACGUUCAAAGGUGUUACAGGUUAGUGACAAAUCCCAACAAGUGCAGCACGACACAAUAAUCGAUGACAGCUUGAUGCAUGUUGAUACUGAAGAAACCACUGUGAUAACAGAAACCAACACACAGGAUAAGCUGGGAAUGGUUCUUCCUGAAGAACAUGAGGCCAACAAUAUCACUAAACAUGACAAUACCAAUUUUGGGGAAGCUGUCCAAGAAAUAAAUUCUGAUGAAGGAUGGCAAGAAGCCAACUCAAAAGUGAGGUCCGGAAAUAGUGCUGGCCGGAGCUUUAGCCGAAGACGCCCCAAUCUUGCUAGGCUAAAUGCUGCCGGUUCUGAAUACUAUGGCAAUUACAGGAGAGUAGUGAUUUCACCGGUACAAAAAACCAUGCCAAAGACAAGUUCGACAGAAUCAUCUCCGGUGAAGCAUUCAAAGGCUCAUAGCUCGAGUUAUGGACAGGAUUUGAGUAAAUUGCAGGCAAAGACUCCCGUUUCCCGAGUUUCACCAAUUUCAGUUUCCAAAGUUUCUCCUACUCCUGCCACUCUCACUGCCUUGGCUUCAAAAUCUGUGUCGUACAAAGAGGUAGCGGUGGCACCUCCAGGUACAGUUAUAAAGCCUUUUCUAGAGAAAGUAGAAGAAACAAAUGUGGAAACCGAUACCCAAAUCAGCGAUACAUCGAAUGAGGGCGAAAUCAACAUAGUUGCUGUAGAAGAAUUUACACUGGAUAAUGAAGACACAAAAGUUGUUAAUGAAAGUGGAAUUGGGUCGGAAAAUUCUUCCUCAGAACUUGAAGGGACUCAAUGCUCUAGUAAUCAGGAAAAACCGAUAGAAACAAAUGGGAGCAAGCUGUCAGCUGCAGCUCAACCAUUCAGUCCAGGGGCCUUGACACACCCAUUAAACUCGAUUGCUGUAACGAGCGUUUACGAUGUAAUAGCUAGUCAAGGCAUGCUUGCAGAGCCUGUAGAGUUUCCACCCAUUGCCGCUAGAGUUCCUUGCGGGCCCAGAUCGCCUCUAUAUUACAGAGCUACCCAUUCUUUCCGGAUGAAAAAUGGACCCUUGAAAUACCAAAUCCCCGCGAUGGGAAGAAGUGGAAUCAAAUCUCCAAAAAUUAUGAAUCCAAAUGCACCAGAGUUUGUGCCCGGAAAAGCCUUGCAAACGAAUCCACCUAGUGAAGAUUCAAAAGUUUCAACCGAUUCAAAUUCUUCGGUUGAUAUGGGUGUGGAGUCUUGUACUGAAGAAAAAGGUAACGAAAAGCUGACUAAUGAAGUUAAAGAUGGAAGAUCAAAGAAAGGCAGUUCGGAUGCAGAGAAAGCGAAGCUAGCAAGGCAGAUACUGCUUAGCUUCAUUGUAAAAUCGGUUCAACAUAAUCUUGAUCCUGCAAGCGAGUCUGUUGCAGUGAACAAGAAAAAGUUUGAGUAUUCAGAAAAUUCAUCAGAAGCGAUUGCCAACGAUAGCGCAGUUAUAAAAAUUCUUUGUGGGAACGAAGCUAAGGCUGACUUGGAUUCUGAAAUUGGCAACGGUAAGCAGUCAAAAACAUCGGAAGUAAACAAGAGUACGAAUGAAGAGAGUGAUGGAUUUGAAGUCGUUAAAAAGCGGAGAAAGAAUCGACAGCAAUUUGCGAAUGGGGUUACUGGGUUGUACAAUCAACAAUCUAUCUGUGCUUCAGUUCGUUGAAGGCGAUAAAGAGAGAUUUAUGAAAGGAAGAUUCAGGGUUGAUGUUCACCGAUGCAUCGCUCAAAUCAGGUAUGACACAGACCUCUUCUUCACAUCUAAUUUUUUACAGUGUAGAAAUGUUUGAAGGAAGAGUUUGGGAGGGAGGGAAUUUAUUCAGAAUCAAAUUUUAAUUGUAUUAUUCAUUGAUAAGCUAGCUUGACAUGUUCUAAUAAUUUAUAUAGAGGUGGGGUGUUUUUUGCUUCAUUAAUAAAGUUCUAAUUUGUGUA